AUGAGUGAGGCACCUUCGGCCGAAAGCGUCUCGUCCACCUCGACAGCUGACGAAGCACCAAGGAAGUUGACGAAAGCCGAAAAGAAGGCACUUUACAGACCAUCCUAUGCCGAACCUCACGAGACAAGGCGCAAAGUCCUAAAGGCCGGUUCAUUAUGUUUCAUUUCUUCAGAAUCGAUAAGACAUUCUGAUUUAAAACAUGAACUGAUAACUUCUAUUCUGUUCUCUGUGUAUGAGCUGGAUGAGAAUCCAUACAUGGCCAUGCUUCAGCUGCACAAAAUUUGUCCCGAUUACUUAUCAAAUAAAGCAAAAUCUUUAGCUGGUGAGCCAUUUUUCUUUUGCACGGCAUUUCUUUCUCACCUACUGUGCAGAUCCCAGCACUUCUCGCAUUCUAUUCGUUUCCUUCCAGCCAUCAUCCAUCAAACCUUUUACAUGUGGCUUCGGUGGCUGCUAGGGGUUUUUCUUUUCGUUAUGAACCUCAUUGAAUACUGGUUGAAUCGAUUCUCCUUGGAGUCCUAG